AUGGCUAAAUCGUUUUGGGAGUCUUUCAAAUCCCUGCCACCCCGAACUCGCAUUUAUCUAGGAAUAGGUGGAAUAGCUAUUGGUUUGACGGGAAUUUAUAUCAGUGACAAACUCGAAGAAAAGUUUCCUGAUAAUACACCAUCAAACCCACCCACAAACGUUAGCAGCCAGACCGAAAACGAAUUUCCAAGUCUCAAUAAAUAG